UACAACGGAUUUUCGAUCUCCCGGGGUAACUCGUCCCCCAUGACCAAGCGACAUCGGCCCUCAUCGGUCAAUUGCCGUGCCGGGGGGCAAACCGAGUACUAUGGAAGUUACCUAGUCCAGCUCCGCGGUGCCCCGGAACACGAACUCCGCGGGGCCCGUCAUGUAGACGUGGUUGUCGCUCUCGCGCCACUCGAUCGACAGGGGCCCGCCCGGCAGCAUGACCUCGCAGGUCCGCUCGGUGCGGCCCGUCAGCACGCCGGCGACGGCGACGGCGCACGCGCCCGUGCCGCACGCCAGCGUGACGCCGCAGCCCCGCUCCCAGACGACCAUGUUGACGUGCGCGGCGUCGACGACGUCGACGAACUCGGCGUUGACCUUCUCGGGGAAGGCCGCCGUGUUCACCUCGACGGCGCGGCCCGUGACGGCCAGGUCGACGGCGCCGGCGUCGUCGACGAACGCCACCGAGUGCGGGUUGCCCAUCGACACGGCCGUGACGCGGUACUCGCGCCCGGCGGCCUCGAGCGGCGCGUCCACGACGCGCGCGCCGUCCGUGGGGGCGAGCGCGCAGGGCACGGCGGGGCCGUCCAGGACCGGCUCGCCCAUGUCGACGGUGAUGCGGCCGUCCGGCAGCACGAGCGGCACGAUGGGGCCCGCGCCCGUGGCGAUGGUGAAGGCCUCGCCGCGCCCCCGCGGCGCGCCCGCCGCCCCGAGCUCGCCGAGGUACGCGGCGAGGCAGCGGAUCCCGUUGCCGCACAUCUCGGGCUCGGAGCCGUCCGAGUUGUAGAUCGUCAUGCGGAAGUCGUGCGCCGCGUCGCCGGGCAUGACGAAGAUGACGCCGUCCGCGCCCACGCCGAAGUGGCGGUCGCAGAGCCGCUGCGCCUGCGCCGGCGUCGCCUUCGGCGCCGCGGCGUCGCGGUUGUCGACGAGCAGGAAGUCGUUGCCCAGGCCCUGGUACUUGGAGAACUCGAGCGAGGCCGCGCGCAGCGCCACGCGCCCGGGCCUCCGCCGCGCGGGCGCGACCAGCGCGUCGCAGGCGCUCGCGAGGAGGAGGGCGAGCAGCAUCCUUAGUUGCAUUUUGCGAGCCGUUUGCAGUGUUGAUCCGCAAAAGAGUGCUUUCGCCGCAAAACAAACGCUUAAGCGGCAAGCCCACGUGUACGCGUGAUCACGCG